AUGGGGAAGAAUGCCGCCAGCCUGUUCUUGCUGAUCCCCUCGAACUCGACGAGCCCACCCGCGCCCCUGCACUGGGUCCCGCCUUCGUUCCUGACGAAUGCAAACUGCCGCCCGGUCACGCUGCCGGGACUUAUGAGGCCCGUCUGCGCCGCCAGCUCGCCGGGGACUGGGCCGCUGAGCUCGUUGCUGUUGAGGUCCACCCAUAUGAGGCCCUUGCACUGGCCAAUACCUGGCGGGAUGGGCCCGCUCAAGGAGUUGUUCCCCAGCUGGAGUAUAGCCAGGCGUUGGAGGUUGUUGAUUCCGGCCGGGAUCUCGCCGGAAAUGCGGUUGCUGGCGAGGGUGAUCCAAAUGAGGUUGGUGCAGUUGACUAUUGACUUUGGGAUGCUUCCGGUUAGGGCAUUGUUGUUUAGGAUCAGCAUCUGGAGGUUGCCGCCUUUGACGCAAAUGCCCUCUGGAAUUUCACCCGUCAGAUUAUUCGCCCACAUGACAACAUCCGAGAGCUGGGGCAAGCUCCAGAUCUUGGCCGGGAUUGGGCCUUCCAAUGAGUUGAAGCUGAGGUCGAUUGAUCUGAGGCUUUUGCAAAGCUUGAGCUCUGACGGGACAGAGCCCGUGAGGUAG